UUGAAUUCGAACACCCCCUAGUAGCUGAAGCCUUGGCUGCAACCUCCUCAACUCGUGCUUGUCGCGUUGGCUUGUUCGGAUAACGUUCACGAUGGCGGCCGCACCUCAAGGAAAUUCUUCCUCGAUAUCUGUCACCUCGAAAUAUGUCGCGCCGUCUCACCCAUCCUUGCCUGCCCUUGCCUUGCAAAUCACUAGCCUUGUGGGCUCUUACAUGAUUUGGGUUGGUGCUACGAAUCAACCACCAGAGUCUGUGCAAAAUGCAACCCGCUCUGGUGUACUUUGCAGAGAUUGGUCAUGUGCUAUGCCCGGACCACCCGGUCAUGCAGGCUUUGGACCUGCCACGACCUUGUUCCGAUCAUCAGGUUCUGAUGAUAUAUCUUUCUCGAUGGCGCAACGUCUUGCACAGAGGUUCCAUCGACAGAUAUUCUUAUCAGUUGAUAUUCCUGCUACCAUGUUAUCAACAUCACGGGGAUAUCAUCUGUUGUUUGAUGCAGAGAGAGGCAUAAUUGCAGCGCUCAGCAGUCUUGGAGAUGAGCAGGUAUCCUAAGUUUUCACUUCUGCCGUAUUACUGUUUCCAUCUCUGCAGCCCCAAUCAGUUUGCUGUGUAUGAGGGGGCACGUCAUAAUGCAGGUGGUGGAUUUUAUCCGGAUUCCAUACAAUACAAAUCGUCGUUGUAAAAUGUCGUCGGUGAGUCCUGAUCUUGCCACGAAAGUAACCCCUGGCCACGUGUUGUACAAGCUGGGUCUAGAGAGUGGAUCGAUGAAACUUGGAUGAAACUCGUGUUGGCACUGUAGUAGUUUUUAUAAAUGAAAAGUCAAAUUGAUUGGGG